GAAGUGAACCCUACAUGGAGUGACGAAAAGCUUUUCCAAGAAGCACGAAGGAUCGUUAUUGCACAGAUUCAGCACAUUACAUACAACGAAUUUGUUCCACUCAUAGUGGGAAAAGACAACCUCAGGAAAAAUACUCUAGAUUUGCAAGUUAAUGGACAUGACAGCAGAUAUGAUAUGAACAUCGACGGCUCAACCUUGAAUGUCUACGCAUCAGUGGUUGGGCAGUUUUUCCUCACUCUUUUGCCAAAUCAAAUUCCAAUCACUGACACUUUUGGAAAUCAUAAGAGAGAUGAGCUUUUAGGAAAGGUAGUUCUGCUAUAUCUACAUCUCAAUACCUCUAAGUUGACCUUUUCAAGAUCUUCAACGAUCCGUCAUUCAUCUUCCAAAGAAGUCGUUUCGAUUCUGUCUUGCGAUUUCUUACUCAAUCACCAAUCAUGAAG